AUGCUACUGAAGACGAAGGGUCACGGACGAAGUUUAGGAGAAACCCAUGUAGUUCCUGAACGAUAUUUUUUAUUUGCUUUUACUAUUUUGCGUUCUGUACCUAAUAAAUUGUUUGGUGUUGUUUUAAUAUUUGGGUCUAUUUUUGUUUUGUUGGUUUUUAUUUGGUUUAAUAAUUAUCAGGCUAUGAUGGAUAAUAUUUUAUAUUUUUUAUCUAUAUGUUUUGUUUGA